CGUGGGCUAUAAAUUUAUGUCACGCCCACCGAUCAUCUUUUUCUAACUUGAGGCUUUGUUGAUCUUUGGACGUGUUUUGCCAUCCUCUCUUACAUUGAAAAGAUGUCUAGUUCUGAGGAGGUGUCCUGGAUCUCCUGGUUCAGCUCCCUGAGGGGAAAUGAGUUCUUUUGUGAGGUGGACGAAGACUACAUUCAGGACAAGUUCAAUUUGACGGGUCUCAACGAGCAGGUUCCCCACUACCGACAAGCACUCGAUACCAUCCUGGAUCUGGAACCAGACGAUGAGUUGGAGGAUAAUCAAAGUGAUCUGGUGGAACAGGCGGCGGAGAUGCUGUAUGGGCUCAUCCACGCCAGAUACAUACUCACCAACAGGGGACUCGCGCAAAUGAUUGAGAAGUACCAGCAGGGAGACUUUGGCCACUGCUCCAGAGUCUUCUGUGAGAACCAGACCGUGCUGCCUAUAGGAUUGUCCGAUGUGCCUGGUGAGUCGAUGGUGAAACUGUACUGCCCCAAGUGCUGUGAUGUAUACACACCCAAGUCCUCCCGUCAUCAUCACAUCGAUGGUGUCUACUUUGGCACUGGAUUCCCUCACAUGCUCUUCAUGGUCCACCCAGAGCUACGCCCACCUAAACCAACCAACCAGUUUGUGCCAAGGUUGUAUGGGUUCAAGAUCCACUCUCUGGCGUACAACCUUCAGCAACAAGCAGCCACCAAGAGUCGGUCCUCAGGGUCACGACCUCGCUCCCAGAAACAGCCCUACAAAUAGACAAUAUGUACCUGUACACUGUGAAACACUCCGAGUCAUUGGGUGUAUUAUAAUUAUGAAUGUUGUGAUCUCUAUAAUUAUGCUUGUUUCUGUAACGCUUAAAAAUACAUGUACAUGCAAGAUAUGAUACAGUAAUAAUUAUUAUGUAUUAUACUCUUGAUACAG